GUGUGAUCGUGGUGCUGUGGUGGUGUGUGUGUGUGUGUGUGUUGCCAAAGAAGUCAAAGAAGUCUCUAAUGUCGUUGCCAUGGAGAUACAAACAAAAGAGGAAAAGUCCAGCGCGUUAGUUAACGUUACCUUGGAUAAAAUGCGGGUUAAUUGGGGUUUAGUGUGAUUAGCUACACGGACUGCCUUGUUUUAUAGUUAACAGUAAAAUAUAUUACUGGUUUGGGGCUUUCCUCAGACUCAGAGCAGCAUGUUUUAUGCACAGUCUCCCAAAAAGACGGGCCUGCCAAGAGAGGUUGUGAAAUGGCUGCAAGCCCUCGACUUAUCAAUGUAUCCGAAGAAUGUGUGCAGAGAUUUUUCCAGCGGUUACCUUGUGGCAGAGAUAUUUUCUCGUUAUUACCCCCAAGACUUUUCAGUGCAUUCAUAUGACAAAGGAACAUCACUUUCUGCUAAACAGAGGAACUGGAGCCAGAUCGAGAGGUCUUUACAGAGGCAGAAUCUGCACUUGAUGAAAGAGGUGAUUGACGGAGCCAUCCACUGUAAGCCAGGAGCGGCUGAGCUGUUGGUGCAGGAGGUUUAUACUCUUUUAACUAACAGGAGGAUCAGAGAUGUGCAGGGCCCAGAGUGGGACUUCACUGACCAAGAGUACCAGGAGCUUCUCCCCACACUGGCUCGCUCCACGGCCUCCAAGGCCAUCAAGAACAACCUGCGGAUAACGGAGCUCAUGGCUGAGCCUGACAUCAGCACAAACCAGAGGAAGGCAGAGGUCAUCCUGCACAGGCACCUGGAGCACAAGGCUAUAGAGAGGGUUCUCAACCCUGGACGUUUUACAGUGAGACGUGAAAAGCCUAAUCUGGGUCAGCUGGCAGCCAAAAAUCUUGUUCUAUCCAGUCGCGGUGAUGAGUGCUUUGACAGCCCUUCAUCUAAAGAUCCUACAUCAAAGUUGUGCUCCUCGUCAACAUGGAGCGGAGCUGCUGUUUCCUUUAAGGAGAUAAAGGUGCACCAGCCCGUCAGACGCUCCCUGGUUAGCUGCUGAAGGAACUGAAUGGAGAUCUGUGCUCUCUUACUGUAUUGUGUGUGUCAUUUGAUAUAUUGUGAUAUAUUUUAUUUUUCAAAAUUACUCAAAGCAUAGCCUUUUUUCAACUAUUAUGCUACAUGGGAGUAUAAUUUGUUUUGAAAGACAGAUGAUGUAACUGUUUGUUAUGGCUUUGGUAAUGUCACAGGGCCUCAUGUACCAUCAUGUUUGGGCUAUGCCUGUUUGUACCAGUAGGUGGCAGCAUUGAGUCAUGAGCAGAGCAGUCCUUGAUGUGUAAAGAGACCAAAAGCCAUUGCUGUAGCUAUACCAUUCACAAAAAGAGGAAAUAAAUCGAAAAUAAUUCACAGGCUUUCCUGUUUGUGUUCACUGCUCUGAGUACUUAAAUGCUGUGUAGAGUUAUUUAGCCCAUUACUGAAUAUGCCUCUUCCAUCCUGUUUCACCACUUUUUCUCAAUCUGCUUUCUAAGAUGCAAAUGCUGGUAAAUGUAGGUUUCAGCCCAUUACAUUCACUGUAGGAGGUCCCACUUUAGGUAACUAAUGCCAAUAACAGAUUUAUAAACUGGCUUGCUAGAUUUGGGGGAAUAACCAGUCACUAUGACACGUGGACAUGAAAGCUUCGUCUUGUUUCUCAUUUAAUCAGUGGUCCAAAAUUUUCUAGCCCUUAGUUGAAUACAUUUCUAACUGGCCUUGAUUUUCAAAAGAGAUGGUCAAAGGCAAAUAUGUUAACAAAACCUUGCCCAUGAUAAUAAGAAUUAAAGGUAACAUUUAGGAGGAUCUAUUGGGAGAAAUGGAAUAUAACACUCAUAGGUAUGUUUGUAUAUAAUCACCUGAAAAUAGGAAACAUUGUUUUUACGUUACUUUAGA